UAUCAGGAAAUUUUAAUUUGAAAGUGAACUAAUCCUUCAACUAUGACUUUUGCCUCAAUAAACUCCCAAUUUCUGCUUAUUGUUAAGGUAGUUGUUAAGUUUAGGUAUUAAGGGAUGUCAUUCACUGACAUUACUCAAAUCCAUUAUUUAAAGCUGAUCAUCAGGUAUUUUGGAGGAGAAAACAUUUACUGUGUGUGUCUGAAUGUGUCAAGUGUGUGUAGGACUUCACAAAGUUUCCUUGUUGAACCCACCCCUUUCUGAACAGACAUAAAAGGAACGCAAACACUGUGGUUUCAUUCGGUUCCUGACACAAGAUGGAUCUGCGAGUCUCUGUUGUUCUUCUUUUCUUUUUUUUCACUGGAGGAUAUUCUCUCAAGUGUUACUCGUGCUCAUCUGAUUCGAUGGGUUCCUGUGAUACAACAGAGACAUGUAAAGAUGGAUCUUCUAAAUGUGAAAGCAGAAUAUUUGAACAAACAGAUGGUUCAUCUAAGGUGUCCGUCACAACUAAAGGGUGUGUAGAGAAAUGUGAUGCAAGGACCCGAAAUCUGCCAACUGGAGGGACAGUGUCUGUCCACUGCUGUGACACUGACCUCUGCAAUGCAGCAGAUGGAGUGUUUAAGGGAAGCUUCCUCCUGCUCUUCUCUCCUCUGCUCUUCUACUUCCUGUUUCAGUGAGUCCAGAUUCAAGACUUCAGAUUCUACAGUGAAGAUCAGCACAAAAACACAUUCUUUCAUACACAGAAAAUGAGAUACUUUGAGAAAGUAUAAGAUUACACAAGAGUGUAUAAACACACUUAUAAAUAAAUCAUGAAAAUGUGAUUGUGGUUGUUCAUCUAGUAGGUUAACCAAUCAAAUGUCUGAAAUUCUUAGAAGCAAUAUGUUUUAAUUUUGUUUUCAAGGUCUUUUAUUUUUCUUUCUAUUUGUUUCUUGUUUCCUGAGUUUGUAUAAUAACUAAUGAUUUUUACAGUGGAAAUUAAUAACUUUUCUUUCUAGAGCUGCUGUACAGUCAAAACAAUCUCUGUUCCAGUAAUUUCCUAUUAUCACUGUAAAGCUGCUUUGAAACAAUCUUUAUUGUAAAAAGCAUAUUAUAAAUGAAGGUGACUAAACUUCCAUUUGUUA